AUGGACCGCAUCAUGGGCCAUCUAUUCCCGUACCUGGCAUUCGGUGGCAAGUAUAACCACUUCCAAGAGAGCCUAGGACCGGCAGAGUUCGCUACGAUCUCCAAGACGUGGCAGAGGACCAUCGAGGCGAUGACCUUUCGCCGACUCGGGGUGUUGUCAUACGACGAUAUUCCCGAUGCCAAGUAUCUUUUGGGCAGAGACCCCCAUCGGCUCGCCUCUGUUGAGAGGAUUGACUUCCUCAUCAAGGCUGAUGAUAUCCUAGCGAAGUCUCCCUAUAUUAGGGACCAGAAGCUUGUGUUCACCACGUUCACUCAGGAGCUAAGCAGCUUAACCCAGCUGCUAUUAUGCCCGGUAGUCACUUCCCUUGCCAUCUACUUCAAGGAGGAGUUGCGGAGAGACUUCCUUCCGCGGGAUGAGUCGUUCGCGCCUCGGAAGUCUCGAGAAGCCGGAACUGCCCUGGAAAGUGGCAGGAAGGUCCCUCCAGCCUGGAUCAUGAACGUCCUGGCCAAGUUCCCUUUGGCCCAACAGGUCGAUUACGAGAUCUUCAACUUCAUCAUGUGCAGACGAGGCCAACUAAGAACCAAUAUGCAGCAGGAACUCUGCACCUCCCUCGGUGGCCCCGCCUUCACACACCUCUCAAACCUCUCCCUCUGGUUCGGCCCCAACAACUUCUUAUCCGCAGAAGUACAAUCCUUCCUCUCACACAAAAUGAUUCAACCCCCUCCAUCCAUGUCUAGAGGUACACAUGCCACCGACUCCCUCAACUCCGCCCUCCGGACUCUGUCCCAACAGCUCCAAGAGCUACACAUCCACGGGCUCUUCUCCCUCAGUCCAGACCUCUUCAUCAACAGAGCCGACGAUGAUGACGAUGGCAACAUCCAACCAUUCUGGCCUCGUCUGCGCGUCCUCCGGGUCACCACAACCCUCCUCACCCCGUGCGGCUCCAAGUGGCUUAUCCCACCGCACCGCUUCGGGUAUCCACGCAGAUGGAAGCCUACCUUCACUAUCAACGCGACUCUGAACUCAGCCACCAUUGAGUUCAACAAGCUCAUGACGGCGCUCUCGCACGGCAUGCUGGGUAUGCCCCGCCUCCAGCUUCUCACGCUGGAUUUCUUGGUCGGUCCAGAUGAACCCAACUGGGAUAACGAGGACGUGGACUGGACUGGGAACUGGACUGGGAACGGCCAGGUAAUUAGCAAUAACGCAUAUGUACCUAGCAAGACGUACGAACUUGUGCGGUACGUGAGGGAGGAUAAUGAACGUAGAGAGAUGGGCCAGUGGAAAGGUGGAAUCACGGAGAAACCGGCGGAGGGCUACAGGUUUUGCACUCUAGCGGUGUUUAAUGACUGGUUUGUCGCGGGGAACAAGAACUUGUACUGGAGUCCGUUUCCGGAGGAGGCGGUGGAGAAUUGGAAUGAGUUGCAUAAGAGGAUCAAGGGGUUGACGGACUUGGAGGAGUGGAGGCGGAUGUAG